AUGGGCCUUAUGCUCUCUAUCGUGAUAUCGUACGCGGGGAUCAAUGAGGCCAUAGAAUGUGUGAAACACAUCAUCAGAGGUGUCGUGCCCGAUGGCGAGCCAAACUUUCAAGAGCUCGUCGAGUAUUAUACUAGACUACUCAACAAGUCGGCUAACCCGUCGUCCCCCGGAGAAUGGAUAAAGGAGUGCGGCCAAGGAUACCUCAGCUUGACGGAGGACAAAAAUGGCUCUUUGCAGUCAGCCACUGUUAAGUACUACGGGCAGACGCGCUCGACGGCCAUCUUAUUCUCUACAAAAAUUUCCAGCUUUGGACAAGAGUCCGUCGAUGAAGGCGCACAAAUCAAUGGGGACUAUAGAACGGAUAGAUACACGCCGACGAAAACCAAGACUAUCAUAUCAAAAUCAUUGGAAUCGUUUAGUAUCGGUCCAAGGAACAGAUUGAGCACACCGCAGAACACUCUGGAAGCCGCGGAUGAUUCAAACGAAAAUGAAAACGAAUUAAACGAUCUUACCGAGGACAAGGAGAAGCUAUCGUGGCAUUACAAGCCUAAAAGCCCGUCGAGAAAGCCGUUACCAGAAAUACACUUCCAGUCGUACGACGCCGACAGGGUAGAAAACACUGCGUACAGCGAAGAAUUUCUAAGGAGUUUCAGAAAGCGCCACUCUUCUUCGUCCAACUCCUCUAAGGACUCGAGGGCGUCACGCGAUGAGGAGCUGAAGAUGUUCACGUCCCUCGAAGAGGAGGAGUUUCGGAAAAUGAAUGAGAGCGACAAGGGCGGCCGGUUCGGGAGCACCCCAAACUUACCGACGCGUUCUUAUUCCAGAAGUCGAUCGCGGGAGAAGUCGAGGGAGGGAAGUGAGAGAUGGAGCACAGAAGCGUCCGUGGAUAGCGCACCCGAUGAGGCUAAACCGAGACUGAUAGACCUACCGAAACUAGAUUCGUUCGCGGAGGAGAGAGACGAUAGUAAAGAGACCAAUGAGGUAACGGAGGAGACGGAGGAAGAAGUUGAUUUCUGGGCUAACUUCGGAGAU